AGAUCGGAAGAGUGAUGGUUGGCCUAAUAAAGCAAAAACAGCGCCAAGAAUUACACUGAUCCACCAGUUACGCUUUUCAACUGAGGGCUUUAUUUUGAAAGGCUGCAGCGGAAACACUUGUUAUUAGCGGUAGCUCGACACAGACUUCAAACGUAGUCGGCGCUGACGAGACUGCGCAGCUGCAAACUCACACCAUGGACAAGCAAAGCACUGGACCAAUGGCGGGGGCUGCGGAAUCAAAUGAUGUCAUCCAUAAUACAUCAUAGACACAUUCUCACUCCAGACGUCUUCUGCUCACUUUUUAAGCAACCGGAUAUUAAUUAGUAUACCAGAAUAAUGCAACGCAAAAUAAUAUCCACACAUAAACACAAAGUAGCUGCACUGCAUAUGCAACUAAAUUUAAAUCUAAAUUUCAUGUCGCAAUAAUAUCUAAUUAUAGACUGCAACAUGCUCUACUUUUGCCAAAUAAUUCAUAGCAGGAAAGGUCUUUGUUCAUAUGUUCAACACACCAUCUACUGCACUGAGCAAAUGCUGCCUCCUGGUGGCUCUGUGGGGUAACAUACCAUCCAUCGUGUGCAUAUCCAGCAUCACAACAAUAACUCUCAAUAGCUAUAAAUGAUAUUAUCAAGCAUGUAAAAAGUAGAGUUGUACUAUCUGUCAGAUGAAUGACCUUUUUCUUCUAAUUCGCAGUUCAUUUCAGUAAUGAGCUUGGUACAGGAAACCGGUCUUUUCAGGUUCAGACUUGUAUGAACAAGUAUUGCCAGUUUGACCACAAUUAAGGUUGUUGAACUGUUGAGCAAUGGUCACAGUAAUUGCAUCACGUCGAAGUUGAACAAUAGGGUGUUUGUUGCUAUGAAUAAUGGAAAAUUAACAGUUAAAAUGUACAACUGGCAAGCUCCAAACCAGAAAUGUAAUGCAGCUAAAGUCAGUGAAUGUUUAUUGCCGAGAUUUGAAUCUUUUACACUUUUCGGUGCUUUAUAUGUUUGCUUUUAUUUUUAAUCCUCCUAGGCAAGUAGGGCACCAGAAGUGCAUGCAUUUUUGGAUAAAUGUUCUGCCAUUUCUCCGAGACUAUUUUUUUCUUUUCUUUUUUUCCCUUUUUUGCUGGUCUUUGCUAGAGGGGUUGUCUUGCUCUAUUUUUCUCUUUAAAAUUCUCCAGUGGUGUUCUAUUGGAUUCAGAUCAGACGACAUGAGCCAUAAGUUUCACUAUUUUUUUUUUUUUUGACACUCUUGUGUAAUUUAGGGAGUACGCUUUGGAAUGCUGUCAAACUGGAAUAUUUCUCUUCUGCGACACUUUUGCGGUUUAUCUUAUCAGCCAGUGUUCUGGUAUAUCCGCAGGUAUAUCUGGUUCCAGCUAUAAAUGUCACCUUACCAACACCUUUGCAUUCAUGCAGCCCCACAUCAUCAUACUCCCAGCUUUGUGCUUCAAUUUUGGGACUAUACAUGGAGUGUGUUUGUUCUGGCCAGAGGUGCAGAUCUUGGGCUACCAGGGCAAUAAAAGGAAGGAGGUAAACAUCAUCAAUCACUCGUUGGUGGGGAUGGAGUGAAGAGUCAACACUGUCUACAUCAACAGAUCAUUGCGUCAAGCCUUCAGUAUGUCGUCCGUUCACCUUGUCUUCCUGAUGUUUGUGGCCCUGAUGGCCAUGCUGGCCUCUGGUGCCAGAACCACACGGUGGCCCAAACCACAGAGCACCAAGAAGCCCCCUCGAGCUGGGAGCAAUGGUGGAGGUGGGGGUGGAGGAUUUGUGCGGACCACCACCACCACAACCACAUCCCCUUCCAGCAGCCUGCACACAGACGAAACAACCGAGAUCAUGAUGGAUGCAUACUCCCUGUCGCCCACAGACAGCACCACGUACCCCAGCGACACUUACCCAACUGAGUUUCAUACUGAUGCCAUAGCACCGCCUGGGAACACCCAUGGAAACUAUACUCUCGACUACAAUGAAUGCUUCUUCAACUUUUGCGAGUGCUGUCCGCCAGAAAGAGGUCCCGUAGGGCCCAUGGGAGAGAGAGGGCCACCAGGGCCACAAGGAGAGAGGGGCCCUGUGGGGUUGCCUGGAGAAAAGGGAGAAACGGGGCCCAGAGGACCUCCAGGACCAGCAGGAUUACCUGGAGCCAAUGGACUCAAUGGCGACAUAGGUGAAAAAGGGGAUCAAGGACCUGCGGGUCUACCUGGUACUCCUGGGAUCCCGGGAAAACCUGGAGAAAAAGGUGAUCCGGGGCCCCGAGGAGAUAAAGGUGAACGUGGCUUCAGUGGCCUGAAAGGGGACCCAGGAGAAAGAGGAGAGCCUGGUCUGAAUGGGACUAAGGGCAGCACUGGGCGAGAGGGGCCUAUGGGUCCCCCGGGGAUUGCUGGGACAAAGGGUCAGAAAGGUGAACAAGGACUUACAGGCGAGUGUUUACCGGGUGAGAAAGGAGAGAAAGGUGACGUGGGUGAGCGAGGGCCCCCUGGUCUGAGAGGGGAGAUGGGCCCGACUGGAGUAAAUGGAACUGGUGGUGCAAGGGGAGAGAGGGGGGAGCCAGGGCCUCCAGGAGGGAAGGGGGAUACUGGGGCUAGAGGUCCCCCAGGACCACCAGGUGGGAGGGGCAUGGCAGGGGUGAGGGGGGAGAGGGGAGCAAAAGGUGGACGUGGGCCUCGUGGUCCGAAAGGCCCUCCAGGUGAGAGUGUGGAGCAGGUCCGCUCUGCUUUCAGUGUGGGUUUGUUCCCCAGCAGGUCCUUCCCCCCGCCCGGCCUGCCUGUGAAGUUUGAUAAAGUGUUUUACAACGGGGAGGGACACUGGGAUCCGGCACUCAAUAAGUUCAACGUCACGUACCCGGGGGUCUACUUAUUCAGUUAUCACAUCACUGUGCGCAACCGGCCCGUGCGUGCUGCCCUGGUGGUUAAUGGGAUACGGAAGCUGCGGACAAGAGACUCUCUGUACGGCCAGGACAUCGAUCAGGCGUCCAACCUCGCUCUGCUGCAGCUCAGCGAAGGCGACCAGGUGUGGCUGGAGACACUGAGAGACUGGAACGGAGUUUACUCCAGCAGCGAGGAUGACAGCACUUUCUCUGGCUUCCUGCUUUACCCGGACUCAAAGAACAAACCUGCCCCCAUGGAAAACCUGUGACUGCAACCUCUUGACCUUGAGUGAGCUCUUCUUCUACUCCCUGUAGACUCUGCACAGCUUUCAGCCCUGUACUGCACUGCUCUGUCAAAUUAAUGUGAUUCAGCUCAGUCUUGCUGCUCAGUAUCUGCUUGGCUUCUGUUGUGCUAAUCAAACCAACUGCUUUGCUUGCCUUGCUGUAUUUGGAGAUGGAUGAGGCUUGAAUUUAUUGCUGUAUGCAACAUUUCAGUUCUUUGUAACACUGCAUUAAAAAUGACUCUGCUUGAAA